GGGGGGGCUCGGGGACGCGGCCCCUGCCGAAAUAAAGCCAGGCUGGGCAAAGGGCCUGCCCGGGGAGCCCGAAGUUUGUUUUUCCUCGGGGCUCCGCUCCUUGUGGUGCGCGGAAAAUGAUCCCUCGGCUCGCCGGGAUGCCGGGGGUUGUUUUCCAGCCCGGAGAGGAGCCCUGCUCCAGCCUCGGCCGCCCGAGGAGCGAGCGAUCCCCCGGCCGGAGAUGCUGGAGCGGCGUGGUGUCCGUGCCUCGUGUGCCAGCGCAGCCCGACCUGUGCAAAGCCGGUGUGCAAAGGCUGCUGCAGUGUCAGCAGCCUCGCACCGCCGUGUUUCUCUCCAGAUGAACGCCCCAGUGAUUGCUUUCACAAUGCUCUCAGUGGCUCUGGGUCGGAACCAGCCCCUGAAGAAGGAGAAGCCCAAAUGGAAGAGCGAUUACCCCAUGACGGACGGGCAGCUCCGCAGCAAGAGGGACGAGUUCUGGGACACAGCCCCGGCCUUCGAGGGCAGGAAGGAGAUUUGGGAUGCCCUCAAAGCUGCCGCCCACGCCUUCGAGAGCAACGACCACGAGCUGGCACAGGCCAUCAUCGACGGGGCAAACAUCACCCUGCCCCACGGUGCUCUCACGGAGUGCUACGAUGAGCUGGGCAACCGCUACCAGCUGCCCGUCUACUGCCUGGCACCCCCCAUCAACAUGAUCGAGGAGAAGGGGGACCUGGAGACUCUGGACAUCCCCGAGCCCCCUCCCAACUCGGGGCACGAGUGCCAGCUGCGCCUGCGCCUGUCCACGGGCAAGGACCUGCGGCUGCAGGUGCGCAGCAUGGACACCGUGUUCCACAUGAAGCGGAGGCUGCACGCCGCCGAGGGCGUGGAGCCGGGCAGCCAGCGCUGGUUCUUCUCCGGGAGGCCCCUGGCUGAUAAAAUGAAACUGGAGGAGCUGAAAAUCCCAAAGGACUACGUGGUGCAAGUCAUCGUGAGCCAGCCCUUGGCGAACCCCACCCCGGUGGAAAACUGACUGAGCGCCCUGGGUCCUCUCCGGGGUUGGCUCUCGCUGCCCUCUCCUUCUGGGUUGGUUUUUUUGGGGGGUUGUCCUGCUCUCGUGGAUGGGCCUGCAAGGAGUGACCAGCAAAAAAUUCCAUCUGUGAUGGAGAUCUGCAAAAACGUCACAAAUGUCACCCGGCCUCUGGGGCUUGCCUGGUCUCGUACGGAACACGACGAGAGGAACGGGGCAAGGGCAAAGGAGGGGAAGGGCAAGGAGGGAGGGAAGAGAUUGCUCACUUCACACAGAUAUGUCAUGGUCCUGAAACUGCCAGUGCUGUCCUGAUCCAUGAGGCCGGAGCAACAGAGAGCACUUUUAUUUAAAAACCAACCUCCAAGUGACCCGAUGGAUGCAGCUCACAUCAGCAGCACACAGAGCUCCUGCGGGAAGGAGCCGCUCACAGGGAUCCCCCGGGCUCUGUGAGGCACAGCCAGCCCUGGGCAGUGGAGCUGGGCUGGGCUUUGCUCUCUGGCAGCUCCUGGUGAUGCUCAGGCCGGGCAGUUGUACAUUCCAAGGUGGCAGUGCAGCCCCAGGCAGGAAGAGCCCAGCGCUGCCUGCUCUGCUCUGUGCUGCAUUGACCUGCUGCAGCACUCCUCAGCCUCAGCCCCUGCCCCUGUGCCUGCUGUCCCUGCUGUCCCUCAGGCCACAGAGAGGCUGUGCCCAGCUAAAACAGGGAGAGCUGUGCUGGGAGUGCAGCCCUGUGCCCCACAGCAGCCCCGGGCCAGGGGACUGCAGCUCCUCCAGGUGCCAGGACUGCAGCUCCCCAUGCGUCCCUGCAGGGCACAGAGCAUGGAGAUCAUGGAUUGCAGCUCCCCAUGGCUCCCUGCAGGGCACAGAGCAUGGAGAUCAUGGAU